AUGGCUUCCCAACCUCGCAUUUUUGGAGCGAGCCAGCCUCCUGUGAGCCAAGCGCCCGUGAGCCAGCCUACUUCGUUUGGAACGUCAGGAAACCUUUGGGGAAGUUCAACUACGGUGUCGGGCCAAUCGACAUCGGCGUUUGGCGUAACUCGGAAGACAAAGACUCCUAAGCAGACAGUUGGAAAUAGCACUAUAUUUCCAACUACAACUCCUCAACACAAAAGGUCUCAUAAGGUUCUAUUUGGAGGCUCUAAACAGCCCAUCCAAACUCCAGUGUCUUUAUUUGGCACCACUACUCCUCAAACUACCAAUAACAUCCCUAGCUUUACACCUCAAACCGUUCCGCCUCAAGCAACUCAGACGAACCACUCGGGGAAUCCGGCCAACCCACAACUAAGCUUCUUCAGCAUCGGAAGGUCUACUACCCCGGCCAGCCCUUCACCAAUCUCACGAUCAAGGAGUUCUAUAUCGAGGAGUUCCAUAGCAAGCGGCACUGUAACUCCUGCUACUUCGUUUACUUCCCAGUCACAGUCAACUUCCGAACGAGAGUCGACUCCUAGGUCUUUUAAGACCCAUACCGAUCCAAAUGGCGACUUAUGUCUCACCGUGGGUCCCCAGGCGGCGGAAUUUGUAGUAUGUUCCAAGACUAUGGCGAGGUCGUCGCCUUUCUUCAAGAAGAUGCUCUACGGAGGAUUUGCCGAAGGCAAAAAGGCGCAACCGGAGAGCGGAAAACCGGACUGGGUGGUGAAGCUACCCGAGGACAAUGUCGCCGCCAUGACAAUCAUCCUCAACAUCAUCCACGGCCGUUUCGACAAGGUCCCCGGUUAUGAAGAUUUUGUCUACACGACGCAUUUCUACAACCUUUGCGUCUUGACAGAUAAAUACGACAUGACCCACGUCUUACGGCCGUGGGCUAAAGGUUGGUCGCGCUCUACGCAUAACCAAUGCGAAAAGCUUGGCCAAUCUUUGCGAACGAAGUUCUGCCACGAAAGGCUGUGGAUUGCGUGGGAGCUUGGGGACCAGGUUGCUUUUGAGGGUAUGGCGAAAGGGAUGCUCAUGAACAGCUCCGCCUCGGCAGGUAACAAUCUGCGUUAUGUUGGGGCAAUGGAGCCACCUGGAAUAUAUGAGAGGAUAGAGAAAGUCCGGUUGGACACAAUCACGUCGCUUCUUAAGCCCUUGAAUGAUAUUAUCGGACGUCUUGUCCGGAAUGACGUAUCAUUCUGCAGGCAAUGCGACUCCUUCAACAAACACCGAUGUCUGGCUCUCACACUUGGAAAAACCAUCCAGGCUCUUCACCGCCAUGGGCUUUGGCCGCUCCCAGAGUCCCUAACCGAUCUUCCAUACAGCGUAUCGACUCUUGCUCAGAAACUGCAUCUCAUAGAAACCGAGAUAAAUAAGGAUAGUCAUCACAACUCCUUGUUUGGUUCGGUCGAUAGUGUAAGAACCGAGGUCGAGAACACCUUAAACGCCAUUCCUUCGCUACUAACCGAAACACACCUCAAACACCUCGCAGCCCAGGCUAAGAAGACCGGAUUCGCUACGCCCGAAGCCUUAAUAGCCAAACCAUGA